UGCCCGGGGCCCGACGCAGCCCGCCGGGCGCCUCCCGCCGUCGCUCCCCUGAGGCGGGACCGUGCCCGCGGCCGCGUCCCUGCCGCGGGAUGAAGAGGAUCUUCGGGUUCGCGAGGAAGAAGAAAGGGCAGCCGCCGUCCGGCAGCGCCUCCCUGCCCUGCCCCGCCGGUGCCUACGAGCUCCGGCAGAAGGACCUGGGCAAGCUGCACCGUGCGGCUGCCAGCGGCGACCUGGCCCAGGUGCGGCAGGGGCUGAAGAAAUACGGCGUCGACGGGCGGGACAAGGCGGAGCGGACACCUCUGCAUCUUGCUUCUGCAAACGGCCACGUGGAUGUCGUUACAUAUCUAGUAGAAAACAAGUGUAAGCUAAAUCUUUUUGACAAUGAUAACAGAUCGCCACUGAUGAAGGCAGUACAGUGCCAGCAAGAAAAAUGUGUGGCUGUUCUGCUACAGCAUGGUGCUGACCCAAAUCUGGCAGAUGCUGACGGCAACACUGCUCUUCACCUUGCUGUCAUAUCUCCUAAUAUAUCUGUAGCAGGGCUGUUACUUGAGCAUAAUGCCAAUAUUGAUGCCCAGAAUAAGGAGGGAUGUACCCCGCUUAUUCUUGCUGUCUCUGAACAUCGUGAAGAGAUAGUAGAGUUUCUCCUCAAAAAAGGAGCUGACGUGCAUGCUCGAGAUCAAUGUGAAAGAACCCCACUUAUGACUGCUGCUUCUGGUGGGGAGCUUAAUUUGAUAAAAGUUCUUCUUCAGUAUGGUGCUGAUGUUUCCCAUAAGGACACUAACGGAUGGACAGCUGAGGAUUAUGCUGUUAUUCAUGGAUAUUCUAGUCUCAGUAAACAACUGGCAGAAUAUGCAGACUGGGAAAACACAGGAGAAGCUUCUGCAGGUGGUGCACAAGGCAUCAUGGUACCUAGCACUCCUCACCGGGUAGGAGCUGCUGGCUUUGCGUUGGGUGCACCUGCUGUGGACAGAGGAGCAAUAGAUGACUUUUCCCAAGGAGACUCAAUAAGCUCUGAGAAAGAGGGGAGUGGUGACAGUUGGCAUGCUUCCGAGGAAGAACAACUUGAUUUCACCCCCAAGAAGCUGCAGAAGCCAAACUUGACACUGUUAAUGAACGUUUCCCAGCAGUUCAAGAAAAACAAUGAUGGCGAUGGUUCUAGAAUUGAAAGUCCUAAGUCACCAAAGAAAAGCCUCAAACAAAGAACCCCGUCAGAUGCAAACCUGAACAAAGGAGAAUGUGGAGAAUUGUUGAGUCAAGAUGUCUCAGAUGCAAGCAACCUGGAGGAAGAAGAAUUGGAGGAGGAGGAGGAGGAGGAAGAUGAUGAAAAUGAAGGAGAUGAUGAUGAAGAUUAUGAGGAGGCAGAGGAAGAAGAGGAGGAGGACGAGGAUCUUACACAAGAUGAAAAGGAGGAGGAGGAUCUGGAAGAUGAAGAAACUCAGUCUAACGACAUAUUGGAGGAGGAGCAGGGGGCGAAAACAGAACCUAAAGGGGAAAUCAGUCAGAAAUUGGAGUAUUUUAGUAACACCAAGUAUGAAGGAGAAGCUUGGUGUGGAACUGGAGAUGUCUGUGAUGAUGAUGAUAAAAUAAGUAAAGAACUUGAUGAAAAGGUGGAGGAAUCUGUUGAUACUCCUGUGUCUUUUAUAGCUGGGUGUCACGAAGGGUCGCAAGAAGAUGCAAUUGCCAUGUCUCCAAAGAUAAUGAAUAAUGAAGUAUCUUGCAAGUCAGUACCAAAACAAGCUGUCUUUCAAAAUCUAAAUAAUUUGCAAGAUACACAAGAAAGCUGGAACAGGAAAAGCAUGAUACAGGAGAAGUUUCACAGAAAUGCUGACUCCUGUCUUGCAGACUCUGAAACGACAGACUGGAAAAAAGAGAUACCUCAGCCUCUCUCAGAUAGUUGUGGUCUUAAGGAGAAAAAGUCAAGCUUCAGUGAUGGCUUUGAAAGUGGUAAUAAUUCUUGGUCAGCAGCAAAAAACCCAAGGCUUGAAAGUCAAAGACCGAACCCUGUCAUUCUUGAACGUGUGGGGGAUGAAGAUGCUGAAGAAGAGCAAUCUGAAGAGGUAGAUGAUAAAGUCUGUGAAGCACUGAAACAAGGAAGUGAAAACUUGCACUUAAAUAGGCGUGAAGAAAAUUUAAGAGCAGCAUUUCACUCAAGCACCAAAGCAGAAUCACCUGAAUGGGAAGAAGAGGAGGAGGAGCAGGAGAAGGAAGAUACUGGUGAAGAGCUCCAAACUGCAGUUGUUGAGGGUGUGAAAAAUUCUAUUGGUAAUGAUGGCCAUCAAGUCCACAGUGCUUCAAAAGACAACACUGGUGCCCUGCCAGCAGUGGGAGCAGAGGAAGAGGAAGAUGCUGAAUCUCCCUGGGACUCUGAGAUUAUACAGACGGAUUCUGGAAGUCCGAGAAAAGUAUCGUCUGGUGUGUUGCUCCCAGCUGCAGACAGACACGGAGCAUGCUUACAGAUUGUUUCAGGGGAACGUGACAAUGGCUUUUCGGAGAAACCCAACAAUUCCCCGCUGAAGACUUCUGAAUCUGUUUUGGAAAUGAAGGAAACCUCUGCUAAAAAAAGGCAGCAGAAAUCAGAUCUAUUGGAGGAAUUUGGUUUAGGAGGUGCAGAGGAUAUUGAAGAUGAGUACUCGGGAUCUACCUUUCAUACGUCAUCAUCAGCUGAAAAAGAAGACACCAAGGAUGCCAUUGAAAAUUGUGGGGCGCGGGAUAAAUAUAUUUUAGAAACUACCAACUUGAUAGAAAAAACAGCACAUGAAAAUCAGACUGACAAAGCAGAAAUUUCACAUCAGGAAGCCCUAGCAGAAAAUGAGGAAUUGCACAGUGCUGACAAGCAGUUAAGUCCAAAACCUUGGGAAGAAAGAUAUGAAAGGAUGUGGGUUGAAAAUGAGAAAAGAGAAUUGAAAACAAAUUUUAAAAACAUUACAGCAGAGCUGAAGCAGCUGUUUGGUGAAAUUAAUGAAACUGGGAAAACUACUUCCCAUGUGGAAGAAAUGUCAGAAGAUGGCUUCAGUGAAGAGUUGAAGAGUUCUCGUGUUGUUUCAUCUCGUGUGAUGGAAUCAAGUAAUAAGUUAGAAACUAAAGGUGAAUUUGGAGAUAUUAAACUUAUGCUAGGUGGAAAAGAACCCAAAAUGGAAAUUGAAAUUCCGAGUCUUGGUGUCCUUCCUGAUCCAAAUAACUUAAAUGCAAAUGUGGAAGAUACCUGGAGUACAGAUGAAGAAGAUAGCACAAACGAUACAGGUAAUACAAAGGUGCCUCUAGCAAAAGGAGAGGAAAAGAAAAUGCCCACUAUGGAAAUGGAAGAGAAUGAAAAUGGAAGUAGUAGAAAUGUAGAGGGAAGUCCUGAAUACUCCCUGAGACAUAGCUUAAAAACAAGUAUUUUGGAUGACGCUUCUAGUAUUCUUCCUAAAAUAAGACCUGUUUCUACAAGCGAUGCAAACACACUUUUUGUAACGGAAAGGAAACUUGGAAAAGACUCUGGAUUUAAUUACGAAGUUCCCGGGGACUGCCUUAUUGACAAUUAUAAAAUAGGAGAAACAGAAAUUGACAGUCUUUUUGCAAAUGCUCGGCAAUCCUGUGGCAUGCGGAAAAGGAAUCUUGACGAAGAACUAAAACAAGAUAUGGAAAGAUUUAAGAGUAAGGUAGGAGUGCUGCAAAUAGUAUUCCUGGCUUUGGAGAAAGAGAAGGUACAGCUGCAAAAAGAGGUUGAGAAGGAAAAAAGCAAAGAAAGAUGUUUCAAAACGCAGGCCGUGGCAAAACAGGAAGAUCUUGAUAAAUUAAAUACACCGACGGGUAUUGUUACUGAUCAGCACAUGAAACAAAAGCUUGCUCUAAGGAAGAAUGACUGUUUGAAACUGCAGAAUGAGAACACUGUAGAAGAAAAAGACAAAAAGAAUUUUUCAUCUGAGGAGAGUUCAAAAUUGAUUAAACUGCCGAUGAAAGGUAAAUUUGCCCUGAAUGCCAAAGUUGCAAAGAAAAAUAAAAGACAGACUUCAAAGCAGAAGGCUAAUCAGCAGAUGAGCACUUCCAGUGGGAAUAAUUUUCAAGUACUAGAUGAUAGCACUUUCAGUGAAACAUCUCAAGAUGAAGGAAGACCUGCAGCAAAAACAGGAAGUGAAAAGAACAAGGUCAGCAUACAAAUGGAUGUAACUGAUGACCUUGACUUAACUCACUCAUCUGACACAAGUUCAGAGGAUGUUGAAUUACCAACUUCAACCUACAAAGAGGCUAUGUUGCUGUUAGAACAGCUUAGUGUGGAUCAUACGGGUGCCACCAGCGUGGCUGAGAGGCUCAGCUGUACCCUGUGUUCUGCUAUUUUGUUGAAAAUUCAGAACAUACUUCUUGAAUACGAACAGAUAAUAGAACGUGAAAAAAAUCGGUAUACAGCUGUCUGGAGAGAAGUAAGGAAAUUGGAAAGUGAAAAGGAGGAGUCACAAUUAAUAGUGGAAGAAACUCGAGAUUUGAAAUCCAUAUUGGCUCACCAAGAAUUGGAAUGGAAAAGUGAUAUCCAAAGCCUUAAAUUUACUUUGAAACAAGAAGAGGAAAAGAGGCUCAGAGUAGAAACUCUGUAUGAGAAAAUAGAAAAACUCAGAAGGAAAGAAGAUCAAUAUUGUAAAGAGAUGGAGGAGAAACAGCAACUUGAGUUACACUCAAGGAAUUUAGAAACAGAGUUACUAACACUGCAGAAGCUCUUGAAACAGGUUGAAGAAGAGCGUGAUGAAAUACAGAGACAGCUCUCUCAGGAAAAGAGUGCCAGAGCCCUGCAAGAAGAAAUUUUGAACAACCACCUUUGGAGACAAAAGGAAUUGGAAGAAGAGACAAGAAGAACUAUAGGAAAAAAUUCAGAGUUUACCAGUGUAACUUCACUGUUAAGACUUAGGCACCAGGAGGAAGAAGGAAAAUAUUUAGAGGAAAAUGAGACCUUGGAAGAAAAAAAUGAAGAUCUCAAAAAGGAACUUAAACUGAACGAGGAAGCCUUAACACACACGGUUUUUCAGUACAGUGUACAGCUGAACUUAUUAAAGACAGAAUCUGCAGUGCUAACUUCCAAACUUGAGCAGACGAAAGAAAGCAAAGACAGACUAGAGACAGAAAUUGAAUCAUUUCGUUCCCGCCUGAACACUACUGUUCAAGAACUUGAACGUCAUCAGUCAUCAAAAAGUGAUGUCGAACGAACAUUUCAGAGAGAAUGCGAUGAAUGGCUUCGCUUGCAAGACAAGCUUCAUCAUGACCUCUCUGAUGUGUGAGAAACCAACAAGAGCUUGUCUCAGCAGCUGAGUAAAGCUGAAAGCAAAGCUAAUAGUCUAGAAAAUGAGCUUCACCAGUUGAAACAAACACUCCGAGAAAAAACAUUGCUUUUAGAAAUGACACAAAAAGAAUUAAGUCAAGCCCAGUGUCAGGCAAAGGAAUGUGAUGAUGCUCAACAACUUGAGAAAGAUCAAGUAAGCAAACUUGUAAUAAAGCAGGAAUCCAUGCAGGAAUCCAUGCAGGAGCGAUUGGCCCAGCUCCAGAGUGAAAACCUUUUACUCCGUCAGCUAUUGGAAGAAGAUAUGCAGAACAAGGGGAUCAUCAAAGAAAAAGUAGUGAAUGAUGUGCAGGACCGGUUUAAUGAUAUUUUCAACAAACUCAGAGCUGAUACCGAAAAGCAAGUUUACCUAGUGGAAGAGAGAAACAAGGAAUUAAAUGCUAAGUGUACUGAUUUAAGAGAACAAGUCUUUAAAUACGAGACUGACAAAGUAGAAAGAGAGGGCAUGGUCAGACAGCUGCAGCAGGAGCUUGCCGAUGCUCUUAAAAAGCAAUCUAUGUCAGAAGCUUCACUUGAAGUUACCAUGCGCUACUGCAGUGACCUGGAGGAAGACAAGCUGCGCUUGCAAAAGGAACUGGAAAAGGUUAAAACUAAGAUGCAAAAGCAGAAUGUGCUGCCUCUGACAUCAGAGGACUCCCACAGCAUGUGGGAAGAGCACUUGAAGUCAAGAUCCCACCUUGAAGAGCGUGUUGCUCAGCUUGACAGAGAAAAGGCUGAACUCCUGGAACAGUGUGAGACUGAAAGAAAGAAAGUGAAGAAGCUGGUAGAGUUGAAACGCCCAGUCGAACUGCGUCUGGACCAAGAAAUGAAAAGAAACAUUGAACUGCAGAAAGACUGUAAGAGGUUGAAGAAGCUUCUGAGCAGAGCUGUGAGAAAACCAAGCAUAUAUGAGGAGAGAGAGAUGGAGUCCCAGCCUAGUUUACAGAAAGAAAUGAAGAAUAACUGCCCUGAAACACUCAAUGAAGUUGGGCGCGAUGCAGUUGAGGCGAUGCAGAAAAAAUUCUGUAACUUAUUGCUCGCUAUUCCCCGGUUUUGGGGGUUCUUUUUUUUUUUUUGCUGUCUACAGGUUGGUGAACUUUCCCAGCAGCUGGAGAUAGAGUCUAAAAAAUGCAUGCAGCUAGAAGCACAAAAUCAGGAUUUGCGAGAAGAGUUGUCCACCAUGCGUGGGAACCAUGAAAAACUGGAGAAGAGCAAAUGCCAGCUGAAAGAAGAGGUGGCUAACCUCAAACAUCAUUUGGAGACUAACAUGGUGGAUCGCAGCCAACUAGAACAAUAUAAAAGAGAGAUGGAAGAACGAGCCGGACAAGAGAUAAGACAAAAACUACAAGAAGUCAAUCUGUUUUUGCAGACGCAGGCAGCCUCCCAGGACAGAUUAGAACAAAUCAGAGCCAGUCAUCUCGCUUCACUGAGAAACCAGCUAAAAGACAGAAUUGGAGAUCUUGAACGUGCAUUAGACAGAAUAAAAAAUACGGAACAAGACAGUAUUCUUCAAAAAGAAUCCAUGCAGGCAGAAGUGGAAAGGUACAAAGAGCUGUACCUGGAGGAAGUAAAAAUAAGAAGAUGCCUAGCAAAUAAACUGGAAAGAGCUGAUGAGAGACUAGCAGAAGCCAAUGCUAAGCUCCUUCAGGAGCGCCACAGAAGCAGACCUUUCAUCGCAAGCAGCAUUGUCAGUGGAGGUCUGGCUGCAAGUCCAGUUCUGUAUUCAACUGAAGUGGGACAUCUUGGCAACCAUUUGGCACUGAACGGAAGUCAAAGUCUAGGAGGAAGCUUCCUAAGCCAAACCGGGAACGCAUUAUCGUCAAGAAACAGGGUUGAAGCCUAUGUGGCUAAGGUACGGCGGGAACUGGAUGAAAAAAUCACUAAAGAACUUGAAGAGGCCACUGCUGAACUUGAAACCGGAUCUGCUGGAUCUUCAAGAAAUGUCCAUGUUGACCAGGAUCCCCUUUGCAGGGCAAUACAGGAGUACCGCGAUGUUCUAACCAAAAAUUAUCUGGUUUGA